AGCGGCCGCCUUCCAGCUUGGUCCUGAGAAAAGGGUACCAGCAAUGCCUGGAUCGCCUGUGGAAGUAAAGAUACAGUCAAGAUCCUCACCUCCCACCAUGCCACCCCUCCCACCAAUAAAUCCUGGAGGACCCAGGCCAGUGUCAUUUACUCCUACAGCAUUAAGCAAUGGCACCAACCAUUCUCCUCCUACCCUGAAUGGUGCCCCAUCACCACCUCAGAGAUUCAGCAAUGGUCCUGCCUCUUCCACAUCAUCUGCACUAACAAAUCAACAAUUGCCCGCCACUUGUGGUGCUCGACAGCUCAGCAAAUUGAAACGCUUCCUCACCACUCUGCAACAGUUUGGCAAUGACAUCUCACCUGAAAUUGGGGAGAAGGUUCGGACUCUUGUUCUUGCACUGGUGAACUCAACAGUAACAAUUGAAGAAUUCCAUUGCAAGCUCCAAGAAGCUACAAACUUUCCUCUUCGUCCUUUUGUGAUUCCAUUCCUCAAGGCCAACCUGCCCCUGCUGCAGCGAGAACUGCUGCACUGCGCUCGGGCCGCCAAGCAGACCCCAUCCCAGUACCUGGCUCAGCAUGAACACCUUCUGCUCAACACAAGUAUUGCGUCACCUGCUGACUCUUCUGAGCUGCUCAUGGAAGUGCAUGGAAAUGGAAAGAGGCCCAGUCCAGAGAGGAGGGAAGACAGCAGUUUUGAAAGAGAGACAAUUCCUCCUGAGCCUCCUGCCAAAAGAGUGUGUACAAUCAGCCCUGCUCCUCGGCACAGUCCUGCUCUUACUGUGCCCCUUAUGAAUCCUGGGGGGCAGUUCCAUCCUACACCUCCACCUCUUCAGCACUACACCUUAGAAGAUAUUGCAACUUCCCACUUGUAUCGUGAACCCAACAAGAUGAUAGAACACCGAGAAGUUCGUGAUAGACACCACAAUCUCAGUUUAAAUGGAGGCUAUCAAGAUGAGUUGGUAGACCACCGUUUGACAGAAAGGGAAUGGGCUGAUGAAUGGAAACAUCUUGAUCAUGCCCUGAACUGUAUCAUGGAAAUGGUAGAAAAAACAAGACGCUCCAUGGCAGUUCUGCGGCGCUGUCAGGAAUCUGAUCGUGAAGAACUCAACUACUGGAAAAGACGGUAUAACGAAAAUACAGAGAUGAGGAAAACAGGGAGCGAACUGGUCUCCAGGCAGCACAGUCCUGGGAGCGCAGAUUCUCUCAGCAGUGAUUCUCAGCGGGAAUUCAACAGUAGGCCAGCAACAGGAUAUGUACCUGUGGAGUUCUGGAAAAAAACUGAAGAAGCUGUGAAUAAGGUGAAAAUUCAGGCCAUGUCAGAAGUACAGAAAGCUGUUGCUGAGGCAGAACAAAAAGCCUUUGAAGUGAUUGCAACUGAGAGAGCUCGGAUGGAGCAAACCAUAGCAGACGUCAAACGGCAGGCCGCAGAGGAUGCCUUCCUCGUCAUAAAUGAGCAAGAAGAGUCAACAGAGAACUGCUGGAACUGUGGCCGCAAAGCCAGCGAGACCUGCAGCGGCUGCAAUAUCGCACGAUACUGCGGCUCUUUCUGCCAGCAUAAGGACUGGGAGCGGCACCAUCGCCUCUGCGGCCAGAACCUGCACGGCCAGAGUCCCCACAGCCAGAGCCGGCCACUGCUCCCUGGAGGGAGGUCAGCCAGGUCCGCGGAUUGCAGUGUGCCAAGCCCAGCCCUGGACAAGACCUCAGCAACCACCUCACGCUCCUCAACACCUGCCUCUGUGACAGCCAUUGACACCAAUGGACUCUGAGCCCCAGGCUCACUUCCCCCUGAUGACCUCACAGCACGAGGGCUGGACCAGUACAAGUAGCUGCUAGGUCAUCAGCAAGAAGUGAAGUAGAGGCAGAAAGAGUCCAAGCGCAGCAAACACUGCUCCACGGCCCCUCCAGACACUUGCCCCAGUUUCCCAUCUGUGUCCUUGUGGUACUAGUGUACGCACAGGCAGCUGGCUGGAGCUUCCUCUGCCGUGGCUUUCCGGUUUCUUCCUCUCCCGGCUGGAGCUGGCGUGACCGGCCCCUUUCCAGUGUAGACCACCAGCUCCCCUCCCUGCCUCCUAAAGCAUCAGACUGUCGAAUGUGCCCAGCCAGGCUGGAGGCUGACAGCAGGCGGUGGAGAGGCCCCCUGACAGGGAGUGGCCCGUCUCGCCCCCAACAGCUUGAUGAGCCCCAUUUCCACCCUCAGCAGAUGCCACUGAUUGGCCCCACAGGGACUUUGGGGAGGCAAAAAGCAGCACUCAGGACUUCCUGGGCCCUGCUGUUUAGACUUGUUAAGAUUCUCAGAAACCACAGGAAAGUCACCAUUUCAGUAGAAGUACCCAUAACAAUAAAAAAUAAAUAAAACUUCCACCAAGCAUCACAGAUCAUUUUGGACAAGAUUUUCCACCCUGACUGGCUACUUUAGUUUGGGACCCAGUUUUCUCUUUCUCAUUUGAUUUUGCUUGUGCAGAAAAUAGUUUCCAGCGCAUGGACUGGUCUGAGGGAGAAUGAGACUCAAGUGUGGAUUAGUCUGUUCUCUCUGAGCAUGUUGGCCAACUACAUUAUUGAAUGGAUCACCUAUUAGAAACGCAGAACCUUCUGUCACCGCUUGGCUGUUUACACAGUCAUCUGUUCUGUGUCCUCUUAUCUCAGACUGCACGUGUCCAGAUCACUGUGUGGAUCUUCCUGUGGUUGCAUUUUGGAGCCUCUUAAGCCACAGUCAUCCUAUAAGAUGUGAUGUGGUGUGACUAGGACUUGCCUCAGCCUGGGUCAGGGCCUGGUCACUUCUGAGCAGCCCUCCUGGACCGGAAAGAAUCCUUCAGACCUUGUGUUUCGUGUCAUUAUGCAUACUACAUCAGUUUAUUAUUGGGCACACAAUCUCAAAUUCCCUUCUUGUGUGAUACGUACCCGCUUUGAGCUAAGGAAUUUUGUAAAAUGUGAGGAUUAUUUUGAGAGAGAGCCUGACCAAUUUUUCUUCCUGUCUUCGGGGAGUUUUCCAAAAUGUUAAGAACUGCCACACAUUUUCCCCUGACCUUUCCACUCUCCACUUCCACGCCUCCAGCACCUCUCCGCACGGAAUCAAUUGGGGUGAGUUGGUCGGCCCUGUUCCUGCCGACACCUGAAAGCCCAGCCUUACCUGGCCACCUUCUGUGCACUGACGGGAGGGAAGCAGAUGCUCUCGGUCCCGUGAACGAAGAGUAAUCGGCGUAGGUAGCACAAUCCUUGCAUUUGGUGUAUCUUACUUUAAGAAUUUCUAGUUCCUAAUUUACCUUACCCAAGGACUUUCUAUCUUACAAAGAAACUCAGUACAAGGCACCUUUAAAACACCUGUAUUUCCAUUGCACAGUCAAGUACAUCCAGAGAAGGAGUAACCGUAAUGUGACAUUGACUUGGAGCUCUCUAAACGGCAGCAGUUGGUGGUGUUCUUACAGGGAUGAAGUCAGCACCCCAGAUAAGACUUGCCUACAUUUUCAUAAGAUGUGAAAUGUCCCAUAAGGAGGUCAUGGAGCCUAAAAUUCAGUUACAGCAAGAGGGUGUCAAGCUGUCCACUGAGUCUGUCCUCAGCUCACCCACACUGUAUUUUCAUUGGCGAGUCAGAUGAACACCUAGGCAGCUUCUUUAAUCUUCAGUGGCCACAAGACUAGGGCAGAUCAGAUUGUUUCUGGCCCAAAACCAACAAAAUACUGGUCAUCAGAGCUCAUUUUCAUUUUCUUAAGCUAAGGUGUAGGUUUAGUUGGGCAAGUCCCAGCUGAUUUUUUGUGGAAUGAGGUUCCAGUGACAGCCUAGUUAUCAGUUUUUUAAUGCUGUUCACUGCUUUGCUCGUGUGCUACCCAGAGUCCACACUGGAAACCUGGGCAGUGUCCACUGCAGCUCGGCUCUCAGAUCUGCUGCUGUGUUCAUUUUGGUCGGUUUCACACAGAGGUUGCAGGUAUCUGUCCAAGACUUACUGAAUCCCUUUCUCUAGCUCCCUCCCUUCUGAAAUUCUCCAGCUCUCUGGUUGGGAGGAGAAAGGGCAGUGUCUUGGGGUGAGGUGAUAGGGCUGGAGAGGCAGGGGUGAGUCAAGUUCUCCGCUUGGUUUCCGGUUUUUGCUGACACCACCCCAGCUACCAGGUCAGAGGUGCAAGUUCAGGCUUCCACUUUCAUCUGGUUGGAUUUUAAAUGUCUUAAUGUAAUCAGGCUGUUUAGAGGACCAACUUUUCUAGCUAAGAUUUGGAGAGACAAAAAUGGCAGGAGGGUUCGGGGUGGUGAUGCGGGAGGUGUCAGGAUAGUCACAGGCUCUUCGAUGUUACUCUAGAAUAAUCAAAAGCAAAUGUGACAAGCCUGCCUCACCGUCAGAGCCCAUCUGGAGGAUGAGGCCAGUUCAGCAUUGCCCACUGAGGGACACUGACAAGUGACAGGAUAUCCUUGUCCUGCCCAGUGAGGAAUGGUUGCAGGAACCAGAGAAGACCAAAAGUGACCAGUGUGGGAGCCAUCUUUAAAUGUUCCAAGGGACCCUUAAGGGCUUGAUCCUCAGAUCUUCAGUCAUCUGGGUUUCACUGCCUGCAGCGUGCCUGACUCUACACAGUAGUGGAAACUCUAAAAGAAGUUUAACUCCACCUGUGCCGGAAUAGCCAUCCAACCUUAUGAGGUGUGAGCAGUACACUUGGGAGGGCUCUGCAGCCCUGAGGUCACAGCGAGUGGAUCUUUUCCUGGACAGUGCUGAGUCAUGUAUGUGUGUCUCUCAAUGGAUCUAAGUCUAGAAAUGGGACACAUCUGCCCAGCAUGUGUGCAGCAUCGCCUGCAGUGUGCUCUCUGCAUGCUGAUGUUCCUGGCCCAUCUGGGCCAGUUGGUCUACCAGGAGCUCCUCGUUUCUUGGUGUCAAUGUGAGUAUCUUCACUGCUAGACAAAAAAUCUACCCUUCACUCUGUACAGCGUGUUCCAAAGUAAGAUUUAUACCCAGUGCUGUCACCUGCUUGCAAAGGGCAUAGACCUUGUUCUGGGUAGUUCCAGAAAAGAUCUCAGCAAAUGGAUUUGAAGGUUCAACAACACAGUUCUUCAGAAUGAAAGCAUAGGUGAUGACCAGGUGGCUGUUUGUCCUGGAAAUUGUGGAAGGGAUUGUGGAUUGAAUAAAUCAUUUAAAAUAGAACACAUCUUGGAGGCUUUCUUCAGAACUGGUUUCUAGUCUCCCGGGUUAGUAGAUCAAGCCAACUUUCUUAAAUUUAUUAUUAUUUUUUAGUUCUUUGCAGAGAACUAGGUGGUGGUGUGUUUGAGCCAAAUGUAAGAAAAGCCAGAGGAACCUGGGCUGUUCCAGCAUGGCCCAGCCAGCCGUCAGGAGUCCUGCCCAGGGCAGGGUGGGGUACUGGGCUAGCUGCCCAAUAGGGCCCUUCCAACUCUAGGUGUCUAGUUCUUAUGAAACCAAAACAUGACUCCCUGCCUCUUUGCCCACAUGCAUUGACAUGCUCAUUUCCAAAGAUGAUGGUGCAGGUGACCUUUUCCACCGAUGGCCAGGAGGCCUGAGGGCAGUGGGCCUUGCAUCCACCCUUCCCUGUACAGCCACAGAGACAGGGCUUCCCCUGCAGACCCAUCUGGUCAGACCCACUACUGCCCAGAGUACACUCAUUGAUGCUUAUACCAAAUAGGGCAUGUGUGGCUGGUGGCCGGCAGGGACAGCCCUAUCCCUGCAUUGGAGUUGGCAGAGAAGCAGCAAUAAGCAUUAGGUGAAUGGUUGAAAGUGCUGUUUGGUUAAGAGGCCUUCUGUCCACUUUCACAGCUUUCCAAGUUCCUGAUGAGGCUACAAAAGCUUCAUUUAUAAAAGAAAGCCAAUAAUGUAAAUAAAUUUUUAAAAACUAAGCCUCCAAGCGUGGUUUUUAAAGGGAGACGAUGAAUGUGAAACCACCCACAGGAUGCUGUAGAGUCUGAUUUUUCUGUGCUUUGUCAUUUCUCUGAUAGGAACUUUUGUUACUUAACUCUGUGCAUAACUUAUUUAAUGUACUGUAUAA